AUUUCAUGAGAAGUAUCUUUAACUUGACUAGAUAUUAUCCAGCAUAAUCCAUCAGUCAUGUCCAUCAACAAGCAGACCAAAAGUGCGAAAAGAAAAAAUGUUAUGAACAAGCAACGUGAAGUUGAGCCGGAGAUCAGAAGUGAUUCACAUGCUAGAAACCUCCUUCAAAACCAGCCUAACUUGACUCCUAAAGCUUCCAAGAGGAUGCUGAGAGGAAAAGACUUAAAGAAACAUCUUCGGAGUACACAAUUAUACGGUAAGAAAAAGAAAGAGCGUGAGUACACCGAAAAAGAGUUGGGUAUUCCCCAGCUCAACAAAGCUAUUGUUCCUGGGGCCAUCGUGAAACGUGGUAAGAAGGGAAAGAAGUUUAUUUCAGACGAUGAUACCAAUACUUUGCAGAGGCUCAUCAAGCAGGUGAAUGACGAGAGAGAUCUUGUCAACGAAAGUAAGCUAGAAAAAAGUAAGCGUUUAGAAGAAAUACGAGACCUCCGGAGAAAGGAGAUGGAAGGAAAGGAGGAUGCUAAGAAGGCUAAGCUAGAGAACGCCAAGGCGAACAUCAAAGAAAAGGCAAGUCUUGCCAGAUCUGCCAGAAGGAAGAGUGCCAAGGAGACAAAGAAAGACUUAGCUAAGGAGGUUAACCACAAUAGCAAGAAGAAGAGCGUUUCUUUUGCAUGAGUUGUGUGACACAGUGAAGUUUCUGGGUCCACCUAUUUACGCAUCGGUCAUCCCCCCUGCAUUUGUAUACUUGUA